AUGACGGAUACCGUCGUUGCUCCACCGGAGGUGCAUCAUUACCAAAGCCUUGAAGAAGUACCCUGGGAUAUUCAAAAUUACUGGGCUCAACGGCACCGCAUUUUCUCACGAUACGAUGAUGGCGUAUGGCUCACCGAUGACGCGUGGUUCGGAGUCACCCCUGAACCUGUGGCCAACAAGAUAGCCAGCCAUCUGGCGGACACUGCCCCUGCAGACCGCUGCAUCUUGGUCGACUGUUUUGCCGGAGCUGGAGGCAACACCAUUGCGUUUGCCCAAACGGGUCGAUGGAAGCGAAUUUACGCCAUCGAAAAGAAUCCAGCCGUACUUGAAUGUGCCAAGCACAAUGCUGAGAUCUACGGGGUGGGCAAUCAAAUCACCUGGUUCGAAGGCGACUGUUUCGACAUUCUCAAGCACCAAUUGAAAGAUCUUGCUCCAUACAGUGUGAUCUUCGCAAGUCCACCCUGGGGCGGACCGGGAUAUCGUUCCGACCGGGUCUUUGACCUGAGCACCAUGGAGCCAUAUUCACUCAAAAAGCUUUAUCAGGAAUAUUCAUUAUUCACUCCACACAUGGCUUUAUAUCUGCCUCGAACCUCAGAUGUCCGGCAAAUGGCGAAAUUUGUCCCGGAAGGCCAAAAAGCCGAGGUGGUGCACUAUUGUAUGGAUGCUCACAGCAAAGCGCUGUGUAUCUAUUACGGUGACUUUGCUCUACAUCAAUAA